CCAGUCACCCAUCAGCAGUCAGCAACUAAACAAAUUCAAACAGAGAGACGUUAUUUGAGAAGUCCGUUAUCUAAAAUAUCAUUUGAUAUUUUCGGCUUCGUUUUAGGAUCGCCUCUUGAGAAGUUUUGAUUUUCACAAGAAUAAAAAUCACAAUGGCAUUGAGAAAUCGUAUUCCAGUUACGAAUAUCCUUAACCAGGAGAACACGAAAAAUGCUAAAUCAACAGCAGUUGGUGUUCCAAAACCAACACGAAGACCAGCUUUGGGUGAAAUUGGAAAUAAAGUAACAAUUCAUCGGGGGGUUGAUCAAAUUCAUAAAUCAAGUUUGCUUGCUCAAAAGAAGCCAACAUUAAAAGAACAAUGCAAUAAAGAUUCGGAAAAAUUAUUAGACAAACUACCAAUCCAAGUUGUUAAACCGGUGGUUAAAGUUGAUGUUAUCUCUGAAAUAAAAAAAGAAGUUGAAUUAAGGAAAGAAGUUGAAUCUUUUUCAUCCGACCUCUUAGAAGUAGAGGAUAUCGACGAGGAUGACAAAGAGAAUCCCAUCCUAGUUUCAAUUUACAGCAAUGAUAUUUAUGAUUAUCUAAGAAAAUUAGAAAGGGAAUAUCCUUUGAAGAAAGGAUUUUUGGCUGGACAGGAAGUUACACCAAAAAUGAGGCUAGUUCUUGUCGACUGGCUAGUCGAAGUUCAUCAACAAUUUCGUUUGAUGCAAGAAACUCUUUAUCUAACUACAUCUAUCAUUGAUCGUUUUUUGCAGGCGUUCCGCUCGAUAGAUAAAAAAAGAUUACAAUUAGUAGGAGUCACCGCCAUGUUCAUAGCCAGUAAGUACGAAGAAAUGUACUCUCCAGACAUUAGUGAUUUUGUUUAUAUCACUGAUAAUGCAUAUUCAAAAACGGAAAUCCUUCAAAUGGAAAUGCUCAUUGUUAGAACGUUAAAUUACUCCUUCGGAAAACCACUACCACUUCAUUUUUUGAGACGAUACAGCAAAGCUGGAAAGGCUCUUGGAAUUCAUCAUACAAUGGCAAAAUAUUUUUUGGAGCUCAGUAUUGUUAAUUAUGAAACAAGCCACUAUCAUCCGAGUUUAAUCGCGGCAGCAGCUAUUUAUCUAUCAUUCUUUGUUAUUGGCAACGAAGAAUGCGAAGAGGGCAAAGCGAUUUGGACAACAACUUUGAGGUAUUAUACAACUUAUAAAAGAGAAGAAGUUUUACCGGUAGUUCAUGAGAUUGCCUCAAUUGUAUUGGAAGCAGAAAAAAGCAAAUAUCAAGCUGUAAGAAAGAAGUAUACACUAACAAAACAUAUGAGGGUUAGUUUACGAACGGAACUCAAAUCGCCAACAAUGAUUGCAUUGGCAAAGAAAAAACAGGCUUAAAAGUGUAAUAUAUAUAUAAUAUACAUAUUGAAUUGAGUUUAGUUUAAAAAUUAAUAAUAAUAAGGGAAACGACAGAUCAACUCUUGUGAAUUUAAAAGAGGGUAACGUUCAAUACCUUAGUCUACAUUUUCUCUGCAUGCAAAAUUGAACUAUUCACGAAAUUGUUUCGUUUGAUGAAACAAGAAUAUAUCGUGAAGAAAAAUGUGAAUUUUUUUUCCCCAUAGUAGCUAUUAGAUGGAGAAAGGUGUAUUUAGAUUCCUACUUACAAUGGAUUUUUCGAUAAUUUGACAUUUCAAAAACAAAAAAAAAAAACUGCGAAGCUGUUUGCUUUUUUAAUAUUUUCUAUUUUGUUAGCCUAAUGCAUCGACGAUUAUGAAAUUAUAUUUUACCUAAUAACUAUUUCUCAACUCAAAUUUCAUAAAUUGUAGAAACAUUUUUAAAAAAAUAAUACGAAAUAGAAGAAAACUUGUGAAUUUCUGUUCUUGUGGGAAAUGUUUUUAUAAUACGUUUUCUUCUUAAGCGAAGAUAACUUGAGUAUUGUUUUUAAUAUAUAACGUGCUAAAAAAAAAGGCAAUUAUGUGUGUUUGAGAAAAAAAAAAUUAAUAAUCGAUAGUCAUUAAUUAGAGUAUCUGGCGUUUUGACGUGAGACACAAUUUUUUUUUUUUUUAGAUUCUUAAUGAUCUACAUAGAAAAGUAAUGACUUUAGUUUACUAACGUCGGUGAUAUGAGGCUAGAGACUGUGAUCUAUCGAUGGAUAUUAACAAUUUCGAUUAAAUUAUUUUUUUUCUUUUCUUUUUUUUUUUUUUAAUUUGGUACUAUUAAAAGAAAAUUAAUUUUCAUCUGUCGAUAGUUUAAAACUCUCACUGCCCACAGCACGCAAUUUUUGUUUAUUUUAUUUUUAUAUAGAUAUAUAUUGUAUAUUAUCAAGGAAAAAUAAUAAUAGGUUUUAAGAAUGUGGCAAUUAUAUAUAUACAUUGCAACUUGAAAAUAAAUGAAUGAAUUUAAAUUGAAGUUAUGCCAUGCGUUGUACGCUUUAAAAAUUACAGAUGAAUUAAAAAUGACAAUUGUAAAAUUGAAAAGGCAUAAAAAAAAGAGAAAAAUAACGAGAGGAUACUAAAUGUUAAACCGUUUCCUUUGAUUUUCAUCAUAGUCAACUUUUCGUAAUAUUAUCGACCGACUGACCUUUAUAAUAUUCUAGGAAUGAAAUCAUUUUGUAAAUAAAUUCAUCAUCUAUCGA